AUGGAGGCUGCCGUGGUGACUGCAUCACACGGCGCUAUGGGCUCCUUGAUAGCGAAGCUUGGUGAUUUGCUCGCAGCUGAGUACAAGCUGCUCAAAGGAGCUAAGGGACAGAUCUUGUUCCUCAAAGCUGAGCUUGAGAGCAUGCAUGUCUUCCUCAAGAAGAUCUCAGAUACUGAGCAGCCUGAUGAGCAAGACAAGUGUUGGGCCAAGGAGGUACGUGAGCUGUCCUAUGAUAUUGAGGACAGUGUCAGUGAGUUCAUGCUCCGUGUGGAACACAAGUCAAGCUACAAGCCACGCGGAUUCAUGGGUUUCAUAAAUAGGAGCACAAAGUUGUUGACGACCAUGAACAUUCGGCAUGACAUUGCCAAAGAGUUUGAAGGCCUCAAGGUCCGUGUCGUCGAGGUCAGGGAGCGACGCAUGAGGUACCAGCAGACUAAUGAUGUUGCCCCUAGGACAACCAACACAACCAUUGAUCUUCGGUUGUUAGCAAUGUAUGCAGAGGCAUCUGGCCUUGUGGGCAUGGACGGCCCCACAGAUGAACUGAUUCAGUUGAUGGGUGGAGAGGAUGAGCUAAAGGUGCUCUCUAUAGUUGGAUUUGGAGGCCUAGGAAAAACUACGCUUGCAAAUGAGAUUUAUUGCAAGCUUCAGGGGGAGUUCCAGUGUCGAGCCUUCGUGUCUAUGUCCCAAAAACCAAAUAUUAGGAAGCUUCUGAGAACCAUGCUAUCUCAAGUUGGCUUUGUAGCUCCUAUGGACACCACCAUGGAAAUUUGGGAAGUGACAGAAUUCAUUAGUGCGCUACGAAAAUUCCUUCUAAAACAGAGUACUGUUCCUCAAAUUACCAUUUUAGUUCUCACCAGCAUCUAUAGGCUAACUCUAGCUAUGAUGCUUUCACGUUUUCAUGAACACACUGUCCUAAAGGUCGCUACACGCGGUAUGCAUUUACAUGUCAGGUACCUAAUUGUAAUUGAUGACAUCUGGGAGGCUCCUGCAUGGGAUAUCAUUAGAUGUGCUCUUCCGGAGAACAUUAAUGGCAGCAGAGUAUUAAUAACUACACGAAUUGAGACUGUGGCCAGAGCUUGCUGUGCUAAGAACAUUGAAUGUGUUUACAAGAUGAAGGCCCUUAGUGACCAAGACUCACGAAGCUUAUUCUUCAAAAGAAUUUUUGGUGCAGAGGAAGCUUGCCCUCCAUAUUUGAUGGAAGUGUCUGCUCAAAUUUUGAAAAAAUGUGGCGGUUUACCUCUUGCAGUUAUCACAAUAUCUAGCCUUUUAGCCAAUCAAGAAAGUAAACUGAAGGACUGGUGGGAGUACGUACAAAAAUCUCUAGGGUCCAACUUUGAAGUGAGCCAAAGCUUGGAUGGCAUGAGACAAAUAUUAAACCUCAGCUACAUAAACCUUCCUCAUUAUUUGAAGACUUGUAUGCUAUAUCUAGGCAUUUAUCCAGAGGACUACACAAUCAACAAGAAUGAUUUGGUUAGACAAUGGAUAAGUGAAGGUUUUAUAUGUGAAGGUCGUGGGACAGAUCCAGAGGAUAUUGAAAAGAGCUAUUUUAAUGAGCUUAUCAAUAGGAGUUUGAUUCAGCCCGUAGAUACAGACUACAAUGGUGAGGUGAUGUCUUGCAGGGUUCAUGACAUGAUGCUUGAUCUUAUCCUAUAUAAAUCCAGAGAAGACAAUUUUAUCACUGUAAUGGAUGAUAUACAAGAUUUGACAAGACAGCCUGCAAAGAUCCGUCGACUCUCACUCAGUUUGGAUGGUGCAAUAGAUGAAACAGUAGGAAGAUCCUUCCAGCUAUCCCAAACACGAAUGCUAGCAAGAUUUGGUACCUCUUUAUAUCUACCUCCUAUUUUACAGUUCAAGCAUCUCCGAGUUUUGACGAUUGAAAUUUCAAGUGGGCCCUAUUCAUCUGAGUUACUUGACUUGAAUGGAAUAUGUCAUUUGUUUCAACUGGGAUUCUUAAAGAUCAUAGCAAGUGGUCGUCAUGUGGUGUUACCUAGUAAAAUUGGACGUCUGCAGCAACUGAAAACAUUUGAAAUAAAAGGACGAUCAGAUCUGCAGCUACCAUCAGAUAUUGUUCAUUUGAGCCGUUUAUGGCAUCUAAUUGUUCCAGGCAAAGUAAUAUUUCCUAGUGGGAUCAGUAACAUGAAAUCAUUGCGUACUCUACGUUUUUUUGAUUUGAGAAACUCACUAGACAAUAUCAAGGGUCUGAGAGAACUGACAAAUCUGACAAAUGUUGAAAUCGGAUAUUCUGACUACACAUCCACCAAUAGAGACGAGUUUGCUGCAAAAUGUAGGGAACUUGUGCAUGCCCUUGGAAACAUUUGCAGCCUCAAAUGUCUACUUAUUCAUAGUGAUUACCUACCUGUCACUCUCAGAGCCUGCUUAGAUUCAUGGUGUUCAGUCCCAACUUCAUUCAUUCAUCUCCAGAGCUUUCAUGCAAUGUACGAUCGCUGGUUCUCGAGGAUUCCUGGCUGGAUUGGCCAGCACCAUAGCCUCUAUGACCUGGAGCUUAGUGUUCAAGAUGUGUAUGGGGAUGACGUUGGGAUUCUCUCACAGUUGCCCUCCCUUGUCCGCCUCGACUUGCACAUCCAUGGAGUUCCUAAAGACAAGAUCAUCAUCCGUGGAAGAGGAUUCCCUGCUCUCAAGCAUUUUACAGUUGGAUGUUUCAGGAUAUCGUACCUGGCCUUUGAGGCAGGGGCGAUGCCGAAGCUUGAAAGGCUCGGGCUAUGUUUCAAUGCACAGGGAUGGGACAGGUAUGGUGGUGUGCCUGCAGGCAUCGAGUACCUAUCAGGCCUCAAGGAAAUCGUCGGAGACAUUGGGAGCACAUUUGCAAAAGAAUCCAAUAGAAGGGCUGCAGAGUCUCAAGCUCAGGGGGCGUGGCUGGCUCUGCACCAGUCACCCUCAUCCAACAUCAAACUGGUGGGCGGGAGUUUUGGUUAUAGUAGCAGUGCCUGA